AUGAUCCCUCUCGCCUCGACCGCCGAUAUCGUCCCCUCUCCCCAAGCGCUCCGAGAGGCGGUUGAAACGUUGCGAUCCGCCUUGUACCAGUCCUCGAAGUACCUGAAAGUCGAGACACCACGCAGUAACCUCACUCGCUCUCCCUCCGACCCAAAGCUCGCAGCGUCAGUCGAGAGGUACAAUACGGAAAUCGAGCGCCAGGCAGACCACCUACAAUCCCUUAUUGCCCCUCUUCAAGACCUGCUACAACGCGCCAAACUUCAGAUAACCCACAACACCGCGCUGCUCUCUGCGCACCACCGCCUACCCCAGUCGAUCCUUUCCAAGAUCUUCCUCCUCGUCGCCGCGCGUGAGCGUGAACUCGGCAGACCCACUUACGUCAGCCACCUUUAUAACUUCACUCGCGUUUGCGACAGAUGGCGAGCUGUGGCGCUCAAUACGCCAGGAUUGUGCACGACCUUCACGCUCUGGGAUACCGAGACAGCAACACAGUACGAGAUUUUUGCGCAUGAACUCGAACUCACGGGCAAGUUUCCGCUCGACGUCCGCCUCCGUCAAUUGAAAUCGAAAACUGGAUUUCAGACGAUCAAAGGACCAACCGAGUCCUGGGAACUUCUCAAGAAGCAGAGCAAGCGCUGGCGAUCACUGACAUUGGAGAUUAAUUCUCAGGAGUUUCGCAUCAUGACGCCUUCAGAUCAACCACUCGAUUGCCAGUCACUGGAGGCCUUAUACUUGAACCACAGCUUCUUGAGUCCAGAUCCCUCUGAUACAGAUCCCAAAUACGAUCUUCCCCGCCUAUUUCUCACAGUAAUCUCCAAUGCGACAGCGCUCCGCAUUGUUCAGAUAAAGGUGAAUACUGUCGGGGGAGGACGGAAACAAAAAGUGUGCUUCCUCGAAAGUUGGCACCUGACCGAUUUAUCGCUUUGCUUCGAUGAUUGUGGCGACGCCACGCGCUUUCUUCCCAUCUUGAAGCAACAGGCGAACACGCUAGAGAGAUUGAACUUCGCUAUUACCAAGAUGUGGGCUCGAGGGGACGGAAAACUCGGCACACAUGCGACCCUAAUUUCCAUGCAAAAGCUCACGGAGCUAUCGUGCCGACUCGACGCAACACCGUUGAUAUCGUGCAUCAAGGCUAUCCAACUCAAGAGCCUGACAAUCUACGAACACCCGGGGGUCUUGACUGACUGCAACUACAACACGGUCAGCACCGAUGCCGCUGUAAAGACCGAAGACACCGCCAGGAAAGCUAACGACAUCGCCGGAAAGACCAACGAAGUCGCCAACGUCGACAAAACCCCUGAACCUCUCCCUUCGGUGGCUGAUCGCGUCAAGACUUACAUUCAUCUCACCAGCCUUUCGAUUUCGAACGUGGAAUGGCCGACCGACUCGCUCCUGCAAGUCCUCAGCGAGUUAAAUGCUCUCAAACUCCUCAAACUCGAUGAAUCGGAUGAAAAAUAUCUCGGAAAGCUCGUGACGAAGACGCUUCUCCAAAACAUGAAGCCCCAUGAGUGUACGCUAGUGCCCAAGCGUAACUGGACCUUUUUGAUGAAGCUAGAGAAAAUGCAUAUCACGCUUAGCUUUGCGGCCGAAAGUGACGUGGAGUUGAUUGAAUUGCUUCGCGAGAUGGCCGACUCGCGCGUCAAGGCCGGGCUGACUACUUUCAUGUCCCAAUUUCGAGAUCCGCAGACAACGAGAACGACGGAUAUAUGGAGGAAGCAGAAGAAGCAUAUUGCAAAAAGAUUGUAG